GCUAUAUAUACUGUAUACUUUACAACUUGCUAGCUCAGUCAUAAAGAAACCUGUAUUAUUAUUACAUUUCUGUUUACUGUAGCAGUGAUGCAAUCACAGGAAACUGAUGGAACUCUGGGAUUUGUAGUUUUUUUUAGCUCCCUUCCGCAACACAAAAACAACGUCUGUAGUUCCUAAAUGUUCAGCUGAUAACAAAUGAUAUGCCAUUGUUCCUAAAAAAAUUGGUAUCAUUUGAAGACUUCAAUGGCAACUUUAAUAAUAUUGGGCAAGUGCAUAAAACAUUGGCCUGUUUCAACUUGGGGAAUGAAACACCUUUAUGGAAACAUUGGGGUUUUGCCUACAAUAACCCAAACUCUGAUCAUGCUGAACAAAUUAUAUUACAAGAAUUAUACACAUUUCUUGGUUUAGACCAGUCAAAUAUAAGUUUAAAAUAUAAGCUUAAUUUGUACACAAGCUACAGCCCUUGCUUCUCAUGCUGUAAGGACUUGUGUAGUUUCCUGGACACCUAUAAGAAUCAAGUCUCCAUGCACUUAAAGAUUGCAAAAUUAUACAAGUUCUAUGACAGCAACAACCAAAGAGGCUUACAAAUGCUCAGAGAAAAUGGAGCUGACAUUACAAUUAUGGAUUUAGAGGAUUAUAAGGAGUGUUUUUAUCUUUUUGUAAGUCCGACGGACACCUUCCAACCAUGUCCAGAUUUGAAUCACUAUAGCUAUGGAAAUGCACGUGAUAUGGAUCUUCUCUGGAAUGAGGAUGAAAGCAGAUCAAAAAUAACCAUCCAUAAGUCUGAAAUCUGCCAUUGUAAAGGGUCAUCUGGAGGCAAUGAAAGCAGCAGUGUUUUUGCAGCAACAGAGUUCUCAACCCCAGAAUCCAAAAAGGACAACAAUGAAGCAAGAAAAAUUACUCCAGAGAAGUUACAUAUUGCACAUGGGUGCAAAGGUCACAAGGGAGUGAAAAGAAAGCUGUCAUUUUAAACACAAGCUGUACUGUACAGUGCUAUUUAUAUCAUUCAUGGUGGGGGUACAUAUUACAUAUGGAGGUAAGGGGGGGAGGGUACAAGGUGCAGGUUGCUACAAGGCCCAACUGCAGUUAGGGCAAGUCCACACUGGGCGUUUUGGGGAGAUUUGGUCGCCUGGCGACUAAUCACCUCGUCUUUGCGGUGACCAAUCUCGCCAAACGCCUUCCUUGACUCUGCAUCAGCUUAAAAUGAAAAAAACGCCAGCGCUAAUCACGUGCGGUGGUUCGUUUUCUGAAGUCGUCUGAAGUUGCCACAUGAGGAAACUUUGUGCAACUUCGGAAAACGAAUCACCCGGGGACCAAAUCUCCCCAAAACGCCCAGUCUGGCCUGACCCUUAUAGUUACAUAGGUUGGAAGGUGACUUCUAAUAUCAUCAUAUUUUAUAACAGGGACCACUUUAUUAUAAUACACAAGUUGCAGUGAGUCACGGGACAGAAAUUAACUAAACUAAACAUAGAGAUACUAAACUAAGCUACCAAAUAGCCAUGAAUAUUAUGCUUGUUCAAGAAGUGAACAAAUGGUAUGCCUCCCCCCCAGUGAUUUUAAUCACCUACCUGAUACUCCGGGUUGGUGCCCCUGGUAGUUGAAAACUGGAUCAGCCCAGGGAACUGCAGUAAAGCACAUCAGGUGCACAUGCACAGUCAAGUGAGAAGCCAUUUUUUUUUUUUUU